UUCAUUCUCAAAAGUCGAGACGUGACGGUGAGAGGACUUUGUAGCUGGCGCAGGGGCGCUUCUCUCUCCUGCUUUUCACUUGGAUUUUAAGCUUUCCUGCUCAGAACCGGCGGCGUUACGGUUAGUUUCUAGGAAGGCAGGUCCCUUCCACAAUGGGGGAGCCAGAUUCGUGGGAGGACAUGGACGAGACUCAAGCGCCCGCAGCGCCGGGUUCGGGUGGUCAAGGGGCCCCUCGAUUGAAUGUCAAUGCCCCCACCUUCGCCUUCAAUCCCUCUGCGUCCACUUAUGCGCCACCUUACGGGUACGGUGGUGCUCCAGGCGGCUAUGGGGCGCCGGCUGCUUAUGGUGCCCCUGGUUAUGGCUACCAGCAGCCAGGAUAUGGGGCCGGGUACCAACAACCGGGCUACCAGCAGCCCGGGUAUCAGCAGCCAGGUUAUCAGCAACCUGGGUAUCAGCAGCAGGGGGGCGGCUAUGGUGCACAAGGAGGGGGAUAUGGUCAGCAAGGGGGUUAUGGUGGCAGGGGUUAUGGGGCCGGUGGCUCUAGUUAUCAGGCGCCCCAGUCUCGGGGUCAGGCACCUCCGCAUGCAGCGCAACCGAAGGCAACAGAGAAGGGCCCGGCGAAGGUGGGGGUGAUUGGCAUACCGAAGGAUCAGCCGGCGAAGCAGGCUGUGAUUGGGAUGCCGAAGGACCAGCCUGCGAAAGUCGGGGUUAUCCAACCCAAGGAGAAACCCGCGGUCAGCACAAGCGGCUCUGUCGGGCCCAAACCAGCUGCGAAGGUCGGGGUCAUCUCAGCCAAGCCGCAGCCUGCGGAGGCAAAGGCAGAGACGACCAGCGCAAAGGAAGCUCCAGCUGCCAAAGCGGAUGCAGCAAAAGUGGAGACGGCUGCAGAGGAGAAGAUGGAAGUGGACUCGCAGUCGAAGGAGGACCAUGUAGGACAGAAGGAGGAUCGUGACAGCUCAGGAGUUGAGGCAGCAGCAAGCGGGAUCGCAGCAAUGGAAGUAUCGGAUCAGCAUGAUACAGAGAGGAGAGCAGGAAAGGAGGCGGAAUCUCAUGAGGAAGAAGAGGAUCACCAUGAGAAGCAUCAUGACGCUGAAACGGCGGAGCCGGCAGACUUCGGGGAUGACAGGGAGCAUUUGAACCUGGUGUUCAUUGGCCACGUUGAUGCUGGGAAGUCCACCAUUGGUGGCCAGAUCCUGUACCUCACAGGCUCGGUAGACGAGAGAACCAUUCAGAAGUACGAGCGGGAGGCAAAGGACAAAAACAGAGACAGUUGGUACAUGGCAUACAUCAUGGACACAAACGAGGAGGAGCGCGCCAAGGGCAAGACGGUGGAGGUGGGGCGAGCAACGUUUGAGACCGACAAGCGGCGUUACACCGUCCUGGAUGCACCAGGGCACAAGAACUACGUCCCAAAUAUGAUCAGCGGGGCGUCGCAAGCCGAUGUCGGAGUGCUGGUCAUCUCUGCGCGGAAGGGCGAGUUCGAGACUGGGUUUGAGCGGGGGGGCCAGACGCGGGAGCAUGCGCUGCUCGCCAAGACGUUGGGGAUCUCGAAGCUGGUGGUGGUAGUCAACAAGAUGGAUGAGCCCUCCGUGCAGUGGGCGCAGGAGAGGUUCGACGAGAUUGUCACGAAGAUGUCUCCGUUCCUUCGGGGAUCGGGCUUCAACCUCAAGAAAGACGUCGUCUUCCUGCCCAUCUCCGGUCUGCACGGCGUCAACAUGAAGGAGCGCCCUUCCAAGGAGACCAUCCCUUGGUACGAGGGCCCCUGCUUCUUCGAAGUCCUGGACAACCUGGAGUCGCCCGACAGGGACCCCACUAAGCCCUUCAGAAUGCCCCUCCAGGACAAGUACAAGGACAUGGGCACGGUGGUCAUGGGCAAGAUCGAGUCGGGGACGGUGCACCGAGGCGACGGCCUGCUGGUGAUGCCCAACAAGAUCCCCGUCAAAGUGGUGGCGAUCUUCCGCGACGCCGACGAGGUCCGCGCCGCGCGGCCAGGGGAGAACCUGCGCAUCCGGCUGUCGGGCAUCGAGGAUGAGGACAUCACGCCGGGAUAUGUGCUCUCGGCGCAGAAGAGGCCAAUCCCCGCCGUCGUCGAGUUCGAGGCGCAGCUGCAGAUUUUGGAGCUGUUGGACCACAAGAGCAUCUUCACGGCGGGGUACAAGGCGGUGCUGCACAUACACAGCAUCGUGGAGGAGUGCGAGGUUGUGGAGCUGCUCUCGCAGAUCGACCCCAAGACCAAGAAGAAGCUCAAGAAGAAGCCGCUCUUCGUCAAGGGGAACACGGUCGUCACGUGCCGCAUCCAGGUCCAGGAAGCUAUCUGCAUCGAGCUUUUCUCGGACUUCCCGCAGUUGGGCCGUUUCACGCUUCGAGAUGAAGUGCACAGCGCAUUCGAAGUGAUUGAAAGGCAAGACUGUGGCCAUAGGCAAGGUCAUCACUCUCCUCGACAACCAGGAGUGACGUUUUGGCGCCGGCAUACCAUCCUAGUCCUUUUGAGUAGCCGCCUGAGAAGUAGUAUCACGAGUGGUUGGUAGAACCAUCAACGGAAUUUAGUAGCGUGGCUGCUUCCCGUAGCUCAAACCGCUUUUACGUUGCUCUUUGGAACGCUUGUCCCGGAGCAACUAUAAGAAAAUGCAUUCCCUGGCGCGGCAGCUGCCAAUGAUGCAGGCAUGCAAUUUUCUGAUGGCUUCCAUUGUCGGCAGUCUGAUCAAGACCCAGUCCUUCCGCUUUGACGUGAUUGCAAUUGUUUUUGAGCAGAUAUGCUUUCGGUGGCUCUUCGCCCCCUUUAUCUCAUUUAAUUCCGU